AUGUCAGUCGUCAGGCCUGCUCUAGCUUUCCUCCAUGAAACAUUGAGCUCGCUCGAGCUGGUCGUCUGGGGGGAGGUCGCCCUCGCGCAACUCGGCGCGCCAACCACCGUGAACAGUAUCAUGAUCAUCCCCACCGCUGGGCAGUUCGACCUUGCGGCCCGCAUGCUCGUGGACGCUGGCUGUCGCACCGCGCCUUGGUCGUACGGCACCCUCGAUCCCAGACUGAUCGAAGCGUGCAACAACCCUGCCAUCCAGAGAAUCCACGCGAGCGUUGCCCAGCAAUACUACAUGCUCGACUUGAACUCUCUCCGUUUCGAGUUUUCUUCACCGGAGCUCCGUGCCUUGAAACUGUUGCUGAUCCGCGCCCACUACGUAGACCUUGCUCCUCCCAAGCACCUGGGCGACAUUGCGGGCGGCCAGUUCACCAGGGUGCGUAACUUCUACUAUCCCGGAAAGCUGGUACUCUUGAAAAGUUUCAUCGCGGCUCUGCUCAACAACAAGGCGGCUGCUGCUACGGCUACAACGUGGGAUAUCAUUUUGGAAACAUGGGCUGUCUCUUAUCUCUGCGGGUAUCUAGAUGUCGGCGUCGAUGCCUUUGAUUCAUGUCCAGAUAACAGUAUUAAAGACUGGUAUAAUCACGCAAUCAGAAGAGACAGAGGUGGUUUGGACAGGUCAAUAACGAAAAGAACUGGGAGGCUGGGUUGA